GACAAAGGAAUGAAGGAGAGGAAGAGCACAAAGGAGGAGUCGCUCCUGUGUGUGUGUGUGUGUGUGUGUGUGUGUGUGUGUGUGUGUGUGUGCGUGUGUGUGCGUGCACGCUGGCCUGUGAUUGGCUGCGCUCAGCUAGAUGCACCAGCAGCGAAAGAAGAUGUGAGCAGAGGAGGAGCAGGAGGCUGAUAGAGGAGCGCAUACAAAGAGCGAGUGAGGAGAGUGCACGUGUGUGCACGUGUGUGUGCGCAGCGGCGAGCUAAACGCACAGAGCAGGAGGAGGAAACCCGAGCUCCCCGUGGAUCUGCUCCUGCUGCUGUCGGCCCCGCUGCUAGCUUAGCCCGGCCCGGUUUGGACCCGGCGUGGAGGAGGAGGCGGUGCUGCCGCCGUGGGGGGGGGAUGGAGCGGUUCAUGGCCCUGCUGCGCCUGCUGAGCCGGAGGAGGCGAGGGAGGAGGUACCGCGCCGACGACGACUACCAGGAGGGCUACGAAGACGUUUACUACUACACCAGCAAGUACAGCACACACCUUCUGAAUGAAGGUCCGUACACCAAACACUCCGGCGGCUCUCGACCUCCAGAUGGCGCUCUGGCCAUCAGGAGGCAGAGCAUUCCAGACGAGUUUCGCGGCUGCACGCUGGUGGAGCUGAUGAAGAAGGAGGGAACCACGCUGGGGCUGACGGUGUCGGGCGGCAUCGACAAGGACGGGAAACCUCGGGUUUCAAACCUGCGUCAGGGAGGCAUCGCUGCCAGGAGCGACCAGCUGAACGUGGGCGACUACAUCCGCUCGGUUAACGGCAUCAACCUGGCCAAGUUCCGGCAUGACGAGAUCAUCAGCCUGCUGAAGAACGUGGGCGAGCGAGUGGUGCUGGAGGUGGAGUACGAGCUGCCGCCCGUCUCUGUGCAGGGGUCAGGAGUUGUCUUCAAGACCGUGGAGGUCACGCUGCACAAAGAAGGAAACAGCUUCGGCUUCGUCAUCAGAGGCGGAGCCAGUGAGGACAGGAAUAAGUCCCGCCCCAUUGUCAUAACGACCAUCAGGCCCGGCGGACCGGCCGACAGGGAGGGAACCGUCAAACCAGGAGACCGCCUGCUGAGCAUCGACGGGAUUCGUCUCCACGGCAGCACGCUGUCCGAGGCCCUGAGCAUCCUGAAGCAGUGCGGGCAGGAAGCCACGCUGCUGAUCGAGUACGACGUGUCAGUCAUGGACUCUGUCGCUACAGCCUCCGGCCCUCUACUGGUUGAAGUCGCCAAGGCAACCGGCUCCAGUCUGGGAGUGGCCCUCUCCACCUCCAUGUUCUGCAACAAACAGGUCAUCGUCAUCGACAAAGUCAAACCCGCCAGCAUCGCAGACAGGUGUGGUGCUCUUCAUGCAGGCGAUCACAUUCUCUCUGUUGACGGCAAAUCGAUGGAGUUUUGUUCUCUGGCUGAAGCUACACAGCUGCUGUCUGCUGCCUGUCAGACCGUCCGGCUGGAGAUUCUACCCCAACACCAGGCCCGACCGGCCCUGAACGCACCGCAACAUGUCAAGGUGCAGCGUAGUCCCCGCCCUCUCCCCUGGGAAACUGGAGGCUCCGCCCCUGUCCUCCCUCCCUACCACUACAACACGUACCAUCCCGACCAAUCAGGUGCCAGAUCGCACCACCGCCAUGCAAACAACCCUCCUCUCAGCCACUCGUUCUCUCCUGGAUCCAUGUCAGCCUACAGUCUCUCGUCCCUCAACAUGAGCACCCUGCCCCGGAACAUGUAUCCCACAAGCCCCCGCAGCACCAUGAUGAGGAGGAAGGCCAAGAAGAAGGACUUCAAGAGUUCCUUGUCCCUGGCCUCCAGCACCGUGGGGCUCGCCGGUCAGGUGGUCCACACCGAGACCACCGAGGUCAUGCUGGUGGGCGACGGCAUCAUGGGCUUCGGCCUGCAGCUGCAGGGCGGAGUCUUCGCCACGGAGACGCUGUCAUCGCCGCCGCUCAUCGCCUACAUCGACCCAGACAGCCCGGCUGAAAGAUGUGGCAUCCUGCAGAUCGGAGACAGAAUCCUGUCCAUCAACGGCGUCCCGACCGAAGACUCCACCCUGGAGGAAACCAACCAGCUGCUCAGAGACUCCUCCAUCACGGCGCAGCUCACGCUGGAGAUCGAGUUCGACGUCGCAGAGUCCGUGGUUCCCAGUUCAGGAACAUUCCACGUCAAGCUGCCAAAGAAGCCGGGGGUGGAGCUUGGAAUCACCAUCAGCUCACCGUCCAACAGGAAGCCCGGAGACCCUCUGAUCAUUUCAGACAUCAAGAAGGGCAGCGUGGCUCACAGGACGGGAACGCUGGAGCUGGGAGACAAGCUGCUGGCCAUCGACAACAUCCGGGUGGAGAACUGCUCCAUGGAGGAGGCCGUCCAGAUCCUGCAGCAGUGCGAGGAGCUGGUCAAGCUGAAGAUCCGCAAAGACGAAGACAACUCCGACGAGCAGGAGGUGUCCGGCAGCAUCAUCUACACCGUGGAGCUGCAGAGGUACGGAGGCCCACUGGGAAUCACCAUCUCCGGCACCGAGGAGCCCUUCGACCCCAUCAUCAUCUCCUCGCUGAGCAAAGGGGGGCUGGCUGAGAGGACGGGCGCCAUUCACGUGGGCGACCGCAUCCUGGCCAUCAACAGCAGCAGCCUGAAGGGGAAGCCGCUGAGCGAGGCCAUCAGUCUGCUGCAGCAGGCGGGGGAGACGGUCACGCUGAAGAUCAAGAAGCAGGGGGAGCUGUCCAGCCCAAAGACCUGCAUCAUUGGUCCAGGCUUGGGGGCGGGGCUUAACCAUGAGAACCAGGACGGGGAGGAGGAGCCCGUCAUCACCGUGGCGCCUCCGACGGCCCAGCGAGCGUUCAGCACCCUGCCGUCCGUGGACAGCGACGUGGAGUCCUGGGACGGUUCCAACGUGGACAGCAGCUUCAGUGGAACGAUGCCGCCGUUUCAGUACAGCUUCCACGACUGGCGCCACCUGAAGACCAACAACAGCCAGACGUCCUCGGCUCGCCAACGAGCCAAUCCGCUGUCGGACCUGGGGCUGAGCGACGAGGACUGGGACCGCCCACUGCUGGGGGGGUUCAAUGUGGGACAUGACGGGACAGAACCGGACCAGGAGGAGAACUUCUGGUCUCAGGCCUUGGAGGACUUGGAGACCUGCGGUCAGAGCGGCAUCCUCAGAGAGCUGGAGGCAACCAUCAUGUCAGGCUCCACCCUCAGUCUGAACCAUGACCCCACCCCCCUGCGCAGCACUCUGGGGCGCCAGGCGAGCUUUCAGGAACGCAGCAAUUCAAAGCCGCAGGUGACUCCCCGCUCCAACACCCUCCCCUCUGACCCUCAGCGCAGAGCCUUCGCCAUGAGGAAAAUGAGGCAGGAGGUCAACGACAUCCUGAACCAGAACCCUGUGGAACUCCAUAAGCUCGUUCUGGAGAAGAGCUCGGACCUGGAGGACUUUGGUUUCAGCGUCUCUGACGGCCUCCUCGACCGCGGUGUCUACGUCAACAACAUCCGACCAGGAGGCCCCGCGGAGAAGGGAGGUCUGUGUGCGUACGACCGAAUACUUCAGAUCAACCACGUCCGGACGCGGGACUUCGACUGCUGCCUCGUGGUUCCUCUCAUCGCGGAAUCUCCGAACCGUCUGGAACUGGUCAUCAGCCGGAACCCCUCCUCCUCCCCCGCCACUAUGACCAAUCACAACAAUGGCGCCACCAACUGCAGCCCCGCCCCUCAGCCGACUGGCGACGCGGUCGGACCCUCUGAGCUUUGUACUGAUCAUGUGGACGAGGGCGGUCCAAUCAAGUGGAACCAACCAGGAGACGGCUUAGGGGCGGGGCUUGGGUCAGUUACUAAUAGUUCUUUAUAGCAGACAAAGCUGUUAGAACCAGACUGGACCGGACUGGAUCUGUGGACUCAAAGGUGCUACACCCCUCCCCCCACCCCUCCCCCGGUAAGGUUCAAAGCAGCCUAAAAGCACACCGCCUCCGGUCCCAGCCCGGCCCACGGUUCCGGUCUUGGACUUUGGGUUCUACCAGCCUGGAGUUCCUGCUGGGGGAAAUGUGAGUCCUGGAGGGGAGCAAGUUCUGAUGAACUUAGAGGGACAGACUCGGUUCUAAGGGGGGCAGAACUUCAGGACUGUUCUGGCGGUCCAGUUUGAGGGAGUUAUGAACCUGAUUAAGACUUAAGUCCAUGUUUGUACUGGCUUCAGACUCAGAACCAGAACCACUGAUGGACCAGGAGUCCAGAAUCUAGAAACUGUUAAUUUACUCAAAAGGUUGCCAAGGAGACGGAGGAUGCUCCAAUCAGAGUCGAGCGUUUGGUGGAGGUCCAGAUGUUCCGGGUUAGCGCCUCGUUGAGAGAGACCCGGGUUCAGAGGAGCUCAGAAUAGAACCUGAGAUCUGAAGAUCAGGAUCAGAACUGAGUCCUGUAGAGCUGUGGGGUCCGGUCCUGAUCCACGGAUCCAGCUGUGGUAAAAUCCAGGCUCUAGGGUUCUGAAUCGUCUGUGUUUGUCAGAUGAUCCUAUGCAACUUUGUAGUGUCAAAGCUCGGAAGGCCUCAGGUGGGAAACGCAGUGAAUUAUUCAGACAUUUGAUUGGUUGUUCUUUGAGAAGAGAAGAGCGAUGAAGUCCGUGAGCAGCUGGUUCUGAUUGGAGCAUCCUGUAGACAUGUGGGCGGGCACACAGACCCGGAGAGGUCAAAGGUCUCCGCUCGGUGCCAUAGAUGAGGAAAACUGAGCAGAUCAAUAGAGUCUUUUCUACUGUUUACACCCGUCAGACUGGCCACACUGUGUCUGUGUGUGUCUGUGUGUGUCUGUGGGGGGAGUGUGUGUUACAUGUGUGCAUUACACACAAGGCCAGUUAAACCCCACCCACCUCGAUUCUUCCAUCCUCCUCCUCUCCUUCCUCGACCAAUAGGCUGUCAGGAUUUCAGCUGGUUGGCUGGAACCAAUCAGAAAAGGUGAAAUCUCCUGGCCAUCAGUGAUUUGUCAGUUUGUGUGUUCAGGGGAACCAAUCAGCUCCCAGCACCCAAGUCAGUGAUCUAUUAAUGCUACUCAAUAGGUGUGUUUUGAUCGACUGUUUGUCAGUUCUGUUUGUUGCCGUGGAGACGAUAUAAAAACAAAAAAACGCUGUUCCAGUCCACAUCGAACCAGCCGAACCCCGACCCUUCACCUCAUGACCACGACAACCAUCCAAUGACACGACAGGAAAUGACCAUCAACACCUGUGCUGUGUGUUUGAGAGUCCAGACCUUCUGGUUUGGUUCUGAUCCGGACCUCUGCUGUUGGAACGGUUCCCUUCAGCGUGAACGCAGACAGACGUUCACAGGGAGGAGAACCAAACAGCCACGGCAGGAAUCUGAAGACGCAUGUUUGGAAAUGCAUGCUGGGUAAACGAGGCGUAGUGAGCGUUCUGUGAUUGUGAGGAUGAGCCGUUUUUCUUCUUCCUGCUUUGAUCCGGUUUGGAAGAAAGCGCCUCCAAAAGAGCAGCGGAUGAAAGGGGGCGUGGCUUAGCACCUCCGUCCAUGGGACAGUCCCAGUGUGACCAGCACAAGCCGCCCUGCUAACAGUCCAGCCUCUGCUCUGAUUGGCUGACCUGACUUCAAUCAGGACGCUUCAGAUUUUAAGCACAUUGCUAGCAUGUUGUCAGUUGGUGGCUAGCAACCGCUGAGCACAGUUCUAGCAUAGCCAUGACGUGUGGCUACAGAUAGCACAAGGCUAACCCGAGCUACAUUUACCACCAGGUCAGUUAUUCCAACUCCAAAGAGGACUGAUUAGCAGUUAGCACAACGAAGGAGAGGUUAGCAGGAUACUAACGCGAAGAGAACAGUGUGUUAUCAUGGACUGCGUUGACUGUAUAUGAACCCCCCCUUCCCUCUUCCCCGUGUUUUUUCUGUAGUUCUAAACUGACCAAUCAGAUACCUCAAUGACAGUGGGCCGAGCCUGCUGGCCCCGAAAAUUCAAAAUGUUUGAUACAUUUCUUCUAGCUCACUUUCAAGUGGCGGGGGUGUGGCCUUCUAGCAAGUUUACUCCUGAUUGGUAAAAGUGGUUACCAUAGAAACGAUGACUCAGAGCGACAUGGCGGCUGUCUCACGAAAAAAAGGCGACUGAAUUGGUUUGGUUGGAUCUCAAAGUGAACCAUUUUCUAUGGGGCGGGGGUGUCACACUCAGUCCAGUUCUCAUAUACAGUCAAUGUUUAAACGCAUCGUCAAUAUUUACCAGCUGGAGCGUUGAGGUUUGGCUAGCUCAGCUUUGAUUAGCCGCUAGCUGCUGUGAACGGCACCAAAGGACCCACAUGGAGUCGAUGUUUCUGAUGUGAACGCUCUUCGUCUUAAUACACAUCAUGCAGUAUUUAUUAACUCAGUGCUAGCUAGUUAGCCUAGAUAGCACUAGCUAGGCUAACCUGGCUAGCAUAGCACAGGACUAACGCGAUCAUUCUUUCAUUUUGCUGUUUGCACAUGGACCGAUGUUCUACAGUGUCAGACUCCGUCAGUUGUGUUGUUUUCUGCUCCAGUUCUCCUGGAAACAGGAAACGCCUGAAUUACCUAAAAACUGCUCGGGGUCAAACCGACAAACUGACCCGGAUUCAGGGAGUUUGGAGGGCGGCUGCUGCUUUAUCCAGAACACGGUUGUCACGGUUACCGAGAACCCAACAAUCCCGAACGUCGUAUUGUCUUGAGAUGCUGUCCGCACACCGGUCACAUCUGCUCGUGAGUGACUCCAGAACACGCUCAGCUGGUGGUCAUGGCUAAAGGGGGCGUGGCUUAAGAGGGUUCGAUGAGUGCGAUCUAAAGCCAUACACACUGUGUUUGUGCGUAUGUUCUAACCGUGCGUGUGUUAUUGUGCGCGUGUGUGACAUUGCAAGGAUUUGCACUCCAGCUCCGCAGUACAUCCACCCGCACGCACGCACGCACGCACGUGCACUGCACUGCCAUUCAAAUAGUGGGUCAGAUUCCUGUUCAUGUAGCUUCACCAACCAAACUGUAUUUUUGUUUUCUUUAAAGGAACAAGGAUGUUGUAAAGUAUUUUUGUACAAAUUUAAUACUUUGGUAGCAUGAGGUUCCUGGUGUUUGUCCCGUCCACCGAUCCCCUCCACCCCCACCCCGUCUUUUUUUAUGGACUACUGAGCAACAAUAAAGCGAGAUGGGAGGACGUGACUCCACGUGUGGUCUAACGUUAGCACAUGCAUUCAGACGUGUCUGUUUGGGUUUCCUGUCAUGUAUAUAAUGUUUCACAUUAAACUCAACAAAAGUUUUACAUUUGUAAA